AUGACUAUAACAAUAGACCACUCGACCCACCCGCACAUCAUCGACCAGAUACUCGCCGCGGCGCCGCGCGACUCGCUGCUGAGGCUGCGCGCGACGUCGACGGCGUUCUGUCAUCGCGCGGACAAGGUGCUGUGCGCACACGCCGUAGUCAGCCCCGUCCCGCGGGAGAACACGGUCAACCUGCACACCCCGAGCGCGACGCACCCUUUCGUCGCGGGCGCCGGGGAGCGGCUGCCCUUCGUCCCCGGCGCUGUGGAAACGCUCGACAUCUGCAGCCUGCCAGAGGGCGCCGAUCUCGUCCCGGGCAUCGCGCUGUUCCAGUUCUGCCCCGUGCGCACACUGCGCCGGUUCGGCGUUGAAGCCCUCUCCCGACCGUACGCGAUCCUCGGACACGUCGACACGGUUGUAGACUGUGUCGAUACUGCCUCCAGCGACGCCUACCACCCUUCGGUGCAGAUCACCCUCGCGCCGCCGGCGCGCCGGCGCGUCCUCCAUGUCCAUUGGAACGAGAACGAACCAUACAGUCGCCUGUCAUUCUCCGUCCCGGAGGUUCCGAGAUUUGGCCCAAUCUUGCAGGGACUGGCUUUGGUCACUGGUCUGAUGGAGAUCAAACCCAUCCAGAACAGAUGAACUACCUCUUAUCUUUGUAUCAUUGAUAUCCUGCGAGCACAUUCGCAAGCCAACCAAGAAUUCAAAAUACAUGCACA